GGCCGGGGGCUACCCCUCAGCCGGGGGCGGCCGAGCCAACUCCCACCGCCCCUCCCCCGCCUCCUCCCAGCGCGCCCGCCCCUUCCCGCGCGCCGGCCCCCUCCCCUUCCCUCCAGCCCCUCUCAGCCUGGGCACAUCCUCCUCCAGCCGCCCGCGCACCUCGCCUCGCGGUCCCCGCUUCGCAGCUUGGCCCUCCGCCGCGCUCGGCUCCCGCAGGCGCUCGGCCCCGGGCCCCUCGGCCCCCGCCCCGCCCCGCCGGCCGGACAGAGCUCAUGGCCGGGCCCAGCACCCACGCUGUCCCCAUGCUGUUCCUCGCCCUCCUGGUGCUCUCGGAGCUGAGCCUGGCAGGCUCCCUGGGACCUGGAACCCCGGCUCGGAACCUUCCUGAGAAUCACAUCGACCUCCAGGGCCCAGCACUGUGGAUGCCUCAGGCCAGCCACCACCGCCGGCGGGGCCUGGGCAAGAAGGAGCGGGGCCCAGGCAUGCCCGGCCGGGCUCAGGAUGGGGCUGUGGUCGCCACCACCAGGCAGGCCUCCAGGCUGCCAGGGCCAGGGGAGCCGCUGCCCGGGCAGAGUCCUGCAGGCCUACUGGAGGACAAGGGCCCGCUCCUAGGGCUGGCACUGCCCUACCCGGAGAAGGAGAACCGGUCUCCCGGGUCAGAGAGGGUCAAGAAACGUGGCAGGGAGUUCAAGAGACGCAGGGAAAGGUUGAAACUGCACAGAGGCCGAGCCUUGGUCCGAGGUCCUAGCUCCCUGAUGAAGAAGGCAGAGGCGUCCGAAGACCAGGCACCGGAUGCCACGAUGGAGGAAUCCUCCACCAGCCUGGCCCCCACCAUCCUGUACCUAACCACCUUUGAGGCAGCCCCUGCCACAGAAGAGUCCCUGAUCCUGCCUGUCACAUCCCUGUGGCCCCAGGCUCAGCCCAGGCCUGAUGGGGAGGUGAUGCCCACACUGGACAUGGCCUUGUUCGACUGGACCGAUUAUGAAGACUUAAAACCUGAGGUCUGGCCCUCUGCAAAAAAGAAAGAGAAACACUGGGGUAAACUCUCCAGCGACGGGAACGGAACGUCACAGGCUGAGGGUGAGCCGUGCGACCAUCAUCAAGACUGCCUGCCAGGGAGCUGCUGUGACCUUCGGGAACAUCUCUGCACGCCCCACAACCGCGGCCUCAACAACAAAUGCUUUGAUGAUUGCAUGUGUAUGGAAGGGCUGCGCUGCUAUGCCAAAUUCCACCGGAACCGCAGGGUCACACGGAGGAAGGGGCGCUGCGUGGAGCCGGAGACGGCCAACGGCGACCAGGGAUCCUUCAUCAACGUCUAGCGGCUCUGCGCGAGGCGCCUCCCCGCCGGCCUGGGGACCGCGCGCGCGCCGAGGUUUGGAGAAGCCGGGCAAUUUGUUCAGAACUAGCCGUGCGAGAUCGGAUGGGGACUAGAUGAUCGAGGCUGCAGGCGCCAGCCCAGGACACUCAGCCCCGGCAGGGGAGCCCUGGGCGAACUGCCCCCGCCCAGGAGCCGAGCUGCGGCACACCUGCGCCCACCUCCCGGCCUCCGGAGGACCCAAGAGGCCCCCGCGAUCCCGGGGGAACCGCGUACUCCGCGAUGGCAAUGUCGAGACUGCCCUCUACCGCCCGACCUCAGCACUGCAAUGGAGAGGUUUCUGAGCGCGUAAAGGGACCACUCCCAGAGACCAGAGAACCCGAGGAGGUGAACGCGGGAACACCUCUGCCGUACCUGGCACUGUGCUAAAUGCGUGCCAUACGUUAUCUCUCUUAGUUAUCACAAUGACCUUUCAGAGUGGGCAUUAUCACCGUUUUAUAGGUGAGGAAAACCGAGGCAGAGUUAGUUAUGACUUGUCCAGGGUCCCAGAUCAAUGCUCCUCAAACCUUAACCUGUGUAAGAACCCCCGGGGAGAUCUGGCUCAAAUGCAGAUUCUGGCUCAGUCGCUUCAGCAUUUUUAACAAGCUCUGGUGGGGGGGGGGGGCAUGCUGCUGAUGCUGAUGGGGACCCCACUGAGAGCACCCAGGUCCUAGGGAGUAAAUGCCAGAGCCAGGAUUUGAACCCAGGCCAAGCCUGUCGGGUUCCCCAGGCCCAACGUGUGGUUGCUUGUCCACAACCAAGGAUUUAUCCCAGGUUCUCCAGGGCUUUCAGUGGGAAAGAAGCGUUCCCUGGCAGUUCCUUUCCCUGGGAUGAAGUCUGCAAAAACGAACUGUUCUCUGCCUUCCUGGACAAAGGUGUAUCAUCUUUAAAAAGAAAACAUGCAUUAAGCUCCCGCUUGCCGGUAAGGCAUGACUUGGGAAGAUUGGUCGCUGCCCUCUGGGAGUUGGUAUUCUGAGAUACGAUGUGUGUGGGGGAAACAAGAGUGCAUGUCCCAGGACAUGCGCUUUGCCGUUGCCCUGAUAGCUUCUUAAGCUUCUGUGGUUCAUGCCCUUUCAGAAUCGAAUGCCAAUAUGGACUCAAAAUAUGCACCCAUUUUGCAUGCUGCCUUAGUGGUUUCCAGGCCUCCCACAGACAUCUCUAGACCCCCACACCACACUUCUGCAGCAAAGCCUACCGAGGAGUUGAGGUACCUCUGAGGUCAAGGUGCUGUCUGAAACUACCUACCCCCCCCCCCCAUAAGCUAGACCCACGAUGCCCUCAGAACAUCUCUCCCAGCAGAUUUGGCUCUAAGGGCCACUUCAGGAGAGCCACUUAAAUCCCCCCUAUACACACCUGGCACCUCAUUCUUGGUCAGCCCUCUGGUCCAGGGCAAACCAGGUUGCAAAUGACAAAAGCGUUCCGUGUCCAAAUUCCUCGCUGGCCUGGACAUCUGCCAGAGGGACCAUACCCGUGAUGCCAGGGCUGUUUACUCCAUUGGGAAAAUCAGUCAGGGUCAGAGGUCUGGCACCAAGCAUAGCAGACAGAUCUAGGAGAAACCAAAUAUCCUUGCUCAUUUCUCCCUCUUCAAGUUCUAUGGGCAAAGGAAUCUGGGGCGUGGGGGUGGGGCAGGGGAACUGAAAGAGAUCAAAGCCGGCCAUUUGGAAAUCAAAUCCACCAGCAGUUUUGUCUAAGACCAGACAACGCCCGUGCUGUGUGUGCUUCACUUGGGGUGGCUGAUCUGAGAUUGUGAUUGAACCCUAAGGGGGUGGCUGCAGGCAGGAAGCACAGCACUGCUUAUGUCUGGCAUCGCUUGUGUCUGGGGGCUAAUAGGAUGGCCCGGGGACAUCAGCAAUGGAAAACACAGAAGACCCCAUGGAACUAUUCCUGUCUACUAGGGGCGUUCCACGGUUGGAAAUUCAGAGGAGUCUAGCUCUUUGCCCUAGCCACCUGCAUGUUGCGGUUGCAAGGUGGUCUGUGGGUGCAAAGCUCCUAACACCAGAGUUAGGGAUCCCAGAGCCCCCUGUGUUUAACAAACCCCUCUGCCAGGAAGUUCUUCCUUAGGUCUAUCUUACAUUUCUUUUGCUGGUACAGAAUCCCUAAUCCAGGAUUCAGCAAACUUUUUACCAUAAAGGGCAGUUAAAUAUUUUAGGCUGUGUUCCAAUAAAACACUUUGUGGACACUGAGGUUUGAAUUUCAUAUAAUUUUCACAUGUCACAAGCUAUUAGCCUUCGUUUGAUCUUCUAAAACCCAUUUAUGAAUGUAAAAACCUCUCUUAACUGGCAGAUUAUCCCAAAGCAGGUGGUGGGUUGGAUUUGGCCCACGGGCGCUAGUUUACAGGUUCCUGCUACAGAAACUGGUCUCAAACUUGGCUUCCCGUUAGAAGAAUAUGGGGAGCUUUCCAAGGUACUGAUGCCCAGGCCCACCGGCAGAUUGGCACGAGUGCUGGUUUCAUUGAUCUGGGUUGCGUCUGGGCUUCAUUUGUGUCCAAGGCUCCCCCAGGCAACUCUAAUGUACAGCUGGUCCUGAACUCUGCCCUUGUCCUCUUGACUGUGGGAGUGCAGCUGGUAGCAAACAGCCUGCUCCACCUCUUACCACCUUGGUGACCUUAGGAAAGUUACUUGUGCCUUGAUUUCCUCAUCUGUAAACUGGGUUAAUGACUCUCCCUUCACAGAGUUGUUGCCAGAAGUAAACGUAAAAUCCUUAGAGCAUGUUUAGAAUAGUGCCAGGCACAUAAUAAGCCCCCAGUGUGGGCUAAUUUGUUUCCUAGGAUAGUAUUAGUAGGCGUUCUGUUCUUUGACGAUGAUCCAUCAUAUACUCAAGGAUCAUUUCAAAAUCACCGUUCAGGCUCCUUCCCCUGGAACACUGGGGCCAGGAGAUGCUCCUUUAGAAAAGAGAGGGUGGGGUUCUGUGGUCAAAGAAGCUUGGAAACCUAUUCUGGACUCAGCCAGAGGCAGCCAUGCCCACGGUUCCCACAUGACUCCUUUCUGGGAUUUGUCCAGCGAUGCCAAGAGUGGCUCCCCAGCCUGCUGGGAAUGGGCUGAGGGUCAGAGGACAUGAGGGCCGAGCCUCAUAGGGAACGUGACGGCGUCAGUUGCCCCUUGAGGAAUGACAGGAACCACAAGUCAAAUCCAAAGCCACAACCCCUUCCUCCCCCCAGAUGGAUCCUUACUCUAAGCCAUAUUCAACACACCCAGUAAAAUCUAGUGUUGAGAUGGUGGGCCCACAGCUCCUUGGAAAUGGACCUGCUUUGCAGCAGGAGAGUCAGUGAACAUACACGGAACCUACAAAGACAUCUCUGUAAGACAGCAGAACAGCAAGGAAAGUGGGCGCUGGGAGGGACACUGGGAGGAGCCAGAAAGCAAACCACUUAGGCUCCUUACUGGGGAUGUCACGGGACUGGCACCAUCACCUCCACGAUGACCUUUCCUCUCAUGGGACACAGGAGCGUCGGGGAGGGGGUUAGGGGGCAGCAGGAACUGGUUUGCAGAACCAGGGACUUUCAUGGCAGGGAAUGUGUUUUCUGAAUCCUAAGUCAGGACAGGUCGUCUGAUAUAGGAUCCUCAGCCUCUUCUGGGUGCAAGAGGCUCCCUAGUCCCUCCUCACUCACCGUGUGGUCCUGGACCAGCAGCAUGGCGUCACCUGGGAGCUUGAUAGAAGUGUGGGAUCCCGAGCCCACCCCAGGUCCGCUGAACCAAAAUUUGUGGCAGGGGGGCACGGCGGUCUGGAUUUUAACAAGAGCCAGGCUGUUCUUGUGCACGAUUGAGUUUGAGAGACACGGGUCUAGGAUGUAUAGGGGGAACCAGAAAAGUGGGAUGGUCUGGGACUUCUAGCUAAUUCAGAGCCUUUACAUUUGGGUGUGGGAGUUGGCAGAUCUGAGGUCCGGUUUGCCUAGUUAAUAACCAGCGGGUGGACAAACCCCCAGGCUCUGAGGCCCUGGCAGGGCUGGAACUGGUCUAUUUUCAGAGGAAAUCAAGCGGAGCACCUGGGCCUGGAGCCCUCAGUCAUUGGGUUUUCUGACUCUUGGGAACUUCCCUGGGGUGCUGUGGUUCCUCUUUAAAGUGUGGGGGCAGCAGGGGGAGGGGGGGAGGUGCCAGGCCCUUGUAGUCCCGUGAUGACGUGUUGCAUGUGCUCCCGUGAGCUGUAAAUAAAGAGCCAAUGGUUAAUUAGCUGCUUUCUUGUCUCUCUCUGACUCUCCAGGAGAUGAUCUGUGUGUGCAGAGGCAGGGAGCACACGCGGGGCGUUUGGAGGGG